AUGGGACGGGACAAUGACAGCUACCUACAGACAUUCGUCCUGGUGGGAUUUUCUGAUCGACCUCAGUUGGAGAUGAUUCUCUUUGCAUUUAUUUUGGUCUUUUACAUCCUAACCUUGGCGGGAAACACUGCCAUCAUCCUCUUGUCAAUCAUGGAUGCCAGACUCCACACGCCCAUGUACUUUUUUCUUGGGAACCUGUCUUUCUUGGACCUCUGUUUUACAACAAGCAUUGUCCCUCAGCUACUGUGGAACCUUUGGGGUCCAGAAAAGACCAUCACCUAUCAUGGCUGCGUGGCCCAACUCUACAUUUACAUGGUGUUGGGCUCAACUGAGUGUGUCCUCCUAGCUGUCAUGUCCUAUGACCGCUAUGUGGCUGUCUGCCGGCCCCUGCACUACACAGCAGCCAUGCACCCACGUCUCUGCUUGCAGCUGGUAACUGUGGCCUGGUGCUGUGGCUUCCUAAAUUCCUUUGUCAUGUGUCCUCAGACAAUGCAACUCUCCAGGUGUGGACGUCAAAGGGUGGACCACUUCCUGUGUGAGAUGCCUGCUCUUAUCGCCAUGUCCUGUAAAGACACCAUGCUAGUGGAAGUCUUUGCCUUUGUCCUGGGUGUUGCCCUCCUCCUGGUGCCCCUCUCCCUCAUCCUCAUCUCCUAUGGGAUGAUUGCUAUCACUGUGCUGAGGAUCAAGUCAGCAGCAGGGCGCAAGAAGGCCUUCAACACCUGCUCUUCCCACUUAACAGUGGUCUCUCUCUUCUAUGGAACCAUCAUCUACAUGUAUCUGCAGCCAGCUAACAGCUACUCCCAAGAUCAGGGGAAAUUCCUCACUCUCUUCUACACCAUUGUCACUCCCAGUAUCAACCCCCUCAUUUAUACUCUGAGAAAUAAGAAUGUGAAGGGAGCGAUGAGGAAAAUUCUGGGGUGGGAAAAAGGGUCUGGGGGAGCCUAA